AUGGAUCCGAUUAAGUUCCAGAUCCGUUCGGGCAAUCGAGGAUCGUCGUCUUCGUCGACGUACACGCUUACUAAGUCCAUAUCGAAAAAUGCGAGAUCGAAUCUCCUGUUAACCGUCGCUUCCAUCGCCACCGUGCUUGGAUUUGUCUCUGUUUGCUAUUGGAUUAUGUUCUCCGACGGGAAUCGGAGAGGCUCGCUUCGUUACAGCGUCGUGAUCGACGGCGGAAGUACGGGGACCCGAAUCCACGUAUUCGGGUACCGGAUUGAGUCCGGUAAACCCGUUUUCGAAUUCAGAGGAGCGAAUUACGCUAGUCUGAAGUUGCAUCCGGGUUUAUCGGCGUACGCUGACGAUCCCGAAGGAGCGAGCGUGUCGCUGACGGAGCUGGUGGAGUUCGCGAAAGGGAGGAUUCCGAAGGGAAUGUGGACGGAGACUGAAGUGAGGUUAAUGGCGACUGCGGGAAUGAGAUUGCUUGAAUUACCUGUUCAGGAGAAGAUUCUUCAAGUCACCAGAAAAGUUCUUAAAUCUUCUGGGUUCAUGUUUCGAGAUGAAUGGGCUUCUGUUAUCUCUGGAUCUGACGAAGGUGUAUAUGCUUGGGUUGUGGCAAACUUUGCGGUGGGUUCACUUGGUGGCGAUCCUCUUAACUCAACCGGAAUUGUUGAGCUUGGAGGAGCUUCUGCGCAGGUGACAUUCGUGUCAAGUGAGCCAGUGCCUCCUGAGUUCUCACGUACAAUAUCGUUUGGAAAUGUUUCAUACAAUCUCUACAGUCACAGCUUCCUUCACUUUGGCCAGAAUGCUGCACAUGAAAAGUUAUGGGGUUCGCUUGUCUCAAAAGACCAGAAUUCAGGAGAACCUACGCAGCAAGGAAUGUUUACAGACCCUUGUGCUCCAAAAGGGUACAACCACCUCAAUACAAACACACAGAAGCAUUUAUCUGGAUUUUUGACUCAAGAAAGCAAAUUGCCAGCUUCAUUUCAAGCUGGGGGUAAUUACUCACAGUGUCGGUCCGCUGCAUUAUCGAUCUUGCAAGAUGGGAAUGAGAAAUGCUCGUAUCAACAUUGUUCUAUUGGAUCGACUUUCACGCCAAAGCCUCGUGGAAGAUUUUUAGCUACAGAGAAUUUCUUUUACACCUCUAGGUUUUUCGGGUUGGGAGAGAAAGCGUGGCUGUCUAAAAUGAUUUCAGCUGGAGAGAGAUUCUGUGGUGAAGAUUGGUCCAAGUUGAGAGUAAAAGACCCGUCACUAGAAGAAGAGGAUCUACUUCGGUAUUGUUUCUCAUCGGCUUAUAUUGUGUCACUGCUUCACGAUACUCUCGGCAUUGCUCUUGAUGAUGAAAGAAUCGGGUAUGCGAAUCAAGCAGGAGAUAAUAUACCGCUCGAUUGGGCUUUAGGAGCAUUCAUUCUACAGACAGAAACAUCGACCUCUCAACACGUAGACUCUAGUAAUCGCCAUUGGUUCUAUGCUCUGUUCGGUAAUGAGUCGAAGACGCUUUUCUAUCUCAUUGGGGUACCGAUCCUUAUGACAGUUUUGGUAUGUUUGGUAUCAAAGUGGAGAAAACCGCAGCUGAAAACCAUUUACGACCUUGAGAAAGGUUUAUUGACCGAGAGCAGCCACACGGUGGUAAAUGGGGAUGGGCUGGUUCGACCGGUGCCAUUGCCGCCGGUGAAUGCGGAGGUCGAGAACGUGAGAUCAGAGUCGCCGGAGCCGUCGAUGGUGGCCAAUGAUAAGGCGAUUGAUAUUUCCGAUGAGGACGAGAACGAGCCCCUCAUUGCUUCUGCGGAGUGCCGUAUUUGUCAGGACGAGUGCCCAAUCGAGAAUCUCGAGAGCCCUUGUUCUUGCAGUGGCAGCCUAAAGUAUGCUCACCGGAAAUGUGUUCAGCGUUGGUGCAAUGAAAAGGGAAACAUUAUAUGCGAGAUUUGUCAUCAGCCUUACCAACCCGGGUAUACCGCUCCACCACCUCCUCUUCAGCCUGAAGAAACCACUAUUGACAUUGGUGGAGGAUGGACAAUCUCAGGUCUAGAUUUGCAUGAUCCUCGCCUCCUUGCCAUUGCAGAAGCUGAACGUCGGUAUCUAGAAUCUGAGUAUGUUGAAUAUACAGCUUCAAGUGCCAGUGGAGCUGCGUUUUGCCGCUCAGCUGCUCUCAUUUUAAUGGCCCUUCUUCUCUUACGACACGCACUGACCAUAACAGAUGAUGCUGAUGGAGAAGAAGACGACCCAUCUUCCAUACUAUCUCUUGUUUUGCUCCGAGCUGCUGGAUUUCUUCUUCCUUGCUAUAUCAUGGCGUGGGCCAUCAGUAUCUUACAGCGCCGAAGGCAACAGCAGGAAGCUGCAGCUUUGGCUACACAGUUUGCGUUGGUGCUUCAGUCAGGUCAACCUAGAACAGUUCACUUCACGGUAGCACCGGUUUCACCAUCAUCCCCAAUUGCUAGUGCAACUACAUCCACACAACAACAACAACAACAACAACAACAACAACAUGAAGAGCCCGUCUGA